AAAUAUAUCUACUUGGUUGGGAGAAGAAUGUAAAAAAAGUGAUUGGCUUGGCUAAUUGUAGUGGAAUCUAUCCCUGGUUUUUUUGGGGGGAAUGAAAUAAGGAGAAGCUGAAACAGCGAAGAAAAAUGGAUGAGGAAGAGACUGUAAAAUUAUUCGGAUGAGGAAGAGACUGAAAAAGUGUGUAUCAGUAGUUUGGAUGAGGUAACUAUUUGCUGAAUUAUUCGGGUGUUGUGUUGGGAGAGUGAAAACAAAAGGAAAUAAAUUAUGAGGAAUAGAAAUGAGGAUAGUUUGAAGUACUCCAUUAGCAGGAUUUUAACAAGCUUUUAGUCAAAUCAUUGUUUUAUGUUUUUGUACAGCACAUCUGCUUGCCUUGCUGGUAGCCACUGGGAAAAAGUCAGACAUUUUAUGGAUAACAAAGCAGCUUGUGAGGAGAUUUCUCAGGAACUUGCACGGGAGUCGCUUAUUGGUAUAUCUUAUUGCCUACCAGAUAAGGUUCAAAAUUCAGAAGGUGUGCCUCAGAGUGUCAAUGACGAGGAAAAGCUUCCAGUCAUAAAUGGUGAUGGAGCUGAAAAGUAUAGAUCAGAACUAAUUUCCAUUUCAGACAUUCAAUCACCUGAUACUGCAACAUCACCAGUGGCAUCAGAGAACCACGAGGGUUAGCAAGAACCAGUCUUUCCCUGAAAAGUUGUUGUAGCAUAUUCUCCUGGUUUAAUUUCUCGCAGAACUCUUAACUGUUGUGUUAUGGGUUUAAACCAAUGACUGGUUGUGCUGUCUGCUUCUGUUGAUAUCAAUACAAACAAGAAAAUACAGAAGUUUUAUGUACAGAUUACAGUACUUAUUACUGUAAAAGAAGUUUUUCUAUAAAAAAAAAAAAAAAAACAGAUGUGUUUCGGUAACAGUGUGUUGCUUCUAGUGGUUUAUAUUGCGCAGCCGCAGCAUGGAUUUCCUAGGAGCUGUAUGAUCCUGCAUGUUUUUGUUCCGUUUCUGGAAUUUCCUUCUUUCUUCUUAAUUUAGCAGUUGAGUUCUGGCAAA